AUGUCUGUGCCCUGCUUCUGUUGGCGCUGGUGUCAAACGGCUACCUCCGCUUCACCCUGGGGAACCGCUGAGAACGAGGGCGUUGCAGAGAACGCUACCCGCCGCCUGCAUACGGCCUCCUCGACCACGCUGCCGGCCGCGAGCACGAGCUAUGGAGCAACGCCGACAGGAACUGCCAUGACCUGCGACCGGCCCACACCUCAAAGCAGCGUGCUGGCCCAGUCGGUUUCGCUGCGACAGCCGGCAUCACUGCCAUCUACUGCCGAAGCAGCGCCGCAGUACACUGGUACACCCCCUUCGCCGUUCGAGUCCCGGGAAAUGUCCUCUGACCCAAGAGAACGCACCCUAGCCCAUCAGGACGCCCUCAGCUCGGCAGCCGCCGCGGCGGCUGCGGCAGCCGCCGCUGCUGCAACCUUCAACCAGUUGCGAAGCCUGCUGCCCCUCCACGGCGAGCUCACCCAGCUGUCAUGGAUUGGCAGCGGCUCUGGAGGCCGCGUGUAUGGGGGUCUGUGGCGUGGCAGUCCCGUGGCAGUCAAGAUUUUGGUCAGCAAUACCCCGGACGAAGUACGGGAGAAUGUACGGGAGGCGCUCCUGAAUCGCGUCGCCUCGCACCCUCAUAUGGCGCUAAAAUCUCUGGGGUCUGAAGGCCUCCCCGGCGAAGUGGGCCUUUUGGAGCAGCAGCCGCAGGUAUUGCUGGAGGAAGGGGAGGUGCAUGAACGGCAAGAGGAGCAACACGACGAGCAUCAUCAGCAACAGCAGCGCAGAUCGGGUCGCGGGCUGGGAACCACAUCUCGCUCAUCCACGGUCUCUACGACAGCAAACGGCGCCAUGCCGUCCAUCAGCCCCGCCGCCGCCACCGUCACGGUCAGUACUGCGGCGGCGACCACAGCCUUGUUCAACGAGUCUGCCGGAGACGGGGCGCCGCGACAGGGCGCUGCCGAAGCCGCCAGAGAUGAUGACAGGCCCACUUCUCCAUCACUGGCAGGGCCACGCGGACGGACCCCCCGUGGCAGCAGCGGCGGUGGGGGAAAUGCUGACGGCUGUCAAGACCACGGUAGCGGAGGUCCUUUUGCCCUUGAAAAGUGCAGCCUGUCACUGGUGAACCUAGAUGCAAGCGCCGGCGGAGGCGGCGGAGGCGGGGCUGCUGGCGGAGGAGCGCCGCGCGCUUCCAGCCGUACGACGUUGACCCUGUCAGACCUGAUAGGAUCCGCCGUACUGGACGAGCACAACGUGCAGUCCAAUGAGCUAUGGGAGGUUCUGGCGGCUUCAGGUGCACGGCCGGGGGUGCAUUGCACUCUGGUGCUCAUGGAGUUGUGCGACCUUGGCACUUUGCAGCAGCUCAUGCAACGACAUCCCCUCAGUGCCGUACGGUCUGCGGAACGAUCCAACGAUUUGCUUGCGCUUUUACGUACGGCACUGGAGAUUGCGCAGGGCAUGUGCCACCUGCAUUCCCUGGAUAUUGUACACGGAGACCUGAAACCGAGCGGCGGUUCCUCGCGGCUGUGGGAGCAGGACUUAAGAGGUUACACAGCCAAGGUGUCGGACUUUGGGCUGGCUGCGCAUCAGCCCGGCACCUCCGACUCAGGCCUGGAGGCGCCUGACGUGCACCAAACCGCCAACGGUCUGAGCGACCCUCGGUCGCUGUCUCGGGGCUGGGGCUCAUUGCCGUACAUGGCUCCAGAAGUCCCGGAUCGAGGCCCCUCCAAAAAGAGUGAUGUCUGGUCGUACGGCAUGUUGCUGUACUACAUGUGUUGCGGCAAGCCGCCGUACGCGUCGCAUGGCAAGCUACGCAGCGUGCAGCUCUUGCUGGGGAUCGUGCAUGGCACUCUGUCGCUAGACUGGCCGGAUGACACGUACCGUCUGCUGCGGCGCCUGUCGGAAACGUGCUGCCAGCGGGACCCCACAGCGCGACCUCCCUUCUCAAGAAUCGUACCUGCGCUGCAACGGCUAUUGCGCCACGUGCUGGAGUAUCCCGAGCCCGCUUCCGCACCGCGCCGCGCCGACCGGAGCCGCGGUGGCGGCGGCGGCGCUGCCGGCGGCGGCGGUACUGCCGGCGGUGGCAACAGCGGCAUGGGUUCGACAGGGACGGGUAGCCUCAGCCUGGGAUGUCUGGAUGCGAGCGGAGACGCACGCCAGGGAGGGGUCGGCGGGGGGGGCGGGGGCGCCAGUAACUGCAACAGCGGCGGCGGCGGCGGCGGCGCGGUGUGGUUGGGAGACACCCUGGAGCACGGCAGCAGUAGCGGUGACCCGGGAACCCCGCGGCGGGCGCGGAGGCUGCCACCGCUUACAGUCUCGGAGGCGGCGGAGUGCAAGGGGUUGCCGUCCCUCAGCCAUGUAUACAGCCGCUGCAUGGUGCUUCCCCAGGGGGUCAGAGGGCGACAUUUACUUGUAGGAUUGUCGGCUACGACUGCGACCGCUGCCGCCGCCGCCGCUGCCGCCGCGACCGCCGCCGCCGCGGUUGGGAUGGGGACGGCGGCGGCGGCAGCGGUGGAAGAGGGGAUGGAGGCGACGUUGGCGCCGCCGCCGCGGCUGCUGCCGUCGCCCUCGCCGCCGCAAGUUCGUUCCAUAACCCUGGACGCCUCGUCGGUUUGCGCCACGGAAUCCAGUUCUAUGGCGGACAGAUCGUCGUACACUUGUACGAAGAGCAAUUUUGCAGGGCUUGUUGAGAACUCUCAGGGAGUGGCGUUGAGGACUCCCGGCGGGGUUGCAGUUAUUGCUGCUGGUGGAAGUGUUGGCGGUCUACUCGGUGGUGCUUCCGCCCCCAUCAUUACUGUUGACGCGUCCUUUGAAUGCGGUUCACCAGCCAUCACAUCGCGAGCAGCUGGGCUGUAG